AAAUGUAGACUUUAACGCAUGAGCUUUCAAUAAAAAAGAGAUAUUCUUCAUUCCUUUUUUCUUCACUUUUUCUCUUCACCAUUUCACACUUUGUCCCUAUUACUCCCUAGAAUCUCUCGCUCUGUCUCAUGCACACACAGACACACACUAGUGGAUUCCUUGCUUUAGCUUCAAAUCUCUGCUAAUAAUCCUGAUUUCAUUCUUUUCUCUCACCAUAACCCCAUAUCAAUUUUGUUCUAUCCAUAUUCAAAGCCCCACAAUUUCUCAAAUCUUUGUGCUACAAGAAACCCUAGUUCUUUCUAAAUUCACAGAUUCUCAAACACCUUUUUUCCUGAUUUGGUGAAUAUAUGGUUCAUAGUACGUUGUAAUUCAGCUUAAAGGUGUUGAAUUCAGUGAAGUUUAUUUAAGGAUAAGAAGAUGGAGAAAUACGAGCUUGUGAAGGAUAUAGGGUCUGGGAAUUUUGGUGUUGCGAGGCUCAUGAGGAACAAGGAGACCAAAGAGCUCGUGGCAAUGAAAUACAUUGAGAGAGGACACAAGAUUGAUGAGAAUGUAGCAAGGGAAAUCAUUAAUCAUAAAUCACUUCGGCAUCCAAACAUAAUUCGCUUCAAGGAGGUGGUAUUGACUCCCACUCAUCUUGCCAUUGUUAUGGAAUAUGCAGCUGGUGGAGAACUGUUUGAGCGCAUUUGCAAUGCAGGAAGGUUCAGUGAAGAUGAGGCCAGAUACUUUUUCCAGCAGCUUAUUUCAGGUGUCCACUACUGUCACAACAUGCAAAUAUGUCAUAGAGAUCUGAAGCUGGAGAAUACCCUUCUUGAUGGAAGUGCAGCUCCACGCUUGAAGAUAUGUGAUUUUGGAUACUCAAAGUCAUCCCUGUUGCAUUCAAGGCCAAAAUCAACUGUUGGGACUCCAGCUUAUAUUGCUCCAGAGGUUCUCUCCAGAAGGGAAUAUGAUGGCAAGCUGGCUGAUGUUUGGUCAUGUGGAGUGACACUUUAUGUGAUGCUGGUUGGGGCAUACCCUUUUGAAGACCAGGAGGAUCCAAAGAACUUUAGGAAAACCAUUCAACGAAUAAUGGCGGUACAGUACAAGAUUCCUGACUAUGUUCACAUAUCACAAGAUUGUAGGCACCUUCUCUCUCGCAUAUUUGUUGCCAAUUCUGCAAGGAGAAUCACAAUCAAAGAAAUCAAGUCGCACCCAUGGUUCUUGAAGAAUUUGCCUAGGGAGUUGACAGAAGCAGCACAGGCGGCUUAUUAUAGAAAAGAAAACCCAACAUUUUCACUUCAGAGUGUGGAGGAGAUUAUGAAAAUUGUGGAAGAGGCAAAGACUCCUCCUCCAGUUUCCCGUUCAGUCUCAGGUUUUGGCUGGGGAGGUGAAGAAGAAGAGGAGGAGAAGGAAGGAGAUGUAGAAGAAGAAGUGGAGGAGGAGGAUGACGACGAAGAAGAAGAAGACGAAUAUGACAAACAAGUGAAACAAGCACACCAAAGCUUAGGGGAAGUUCGUCUCACCUAAGCGUAAAUUAUCUUGCUUGCUCGCAGAGAACUGUGGACACACACAUAGCCUAUUAUGUCUUUGGCAUUUCCUGUUUGUGUAAAAGUUAUUUCACCUGGGCCUACUUUAUCCUUUUUGCUUGUAGAAAACUUUAGCUAUUAAGUGUGGCAUUUCCUGGUUGUGUCAAGAUUUUCUUUUUUCUGCUGUGUGGAACUUAAAAGAAGUCUGUAAAUUUCGAGUUUUGAGGUAAGGUAGCUUGUGAAUUAUAUUUCAUUAAGACAAAGGCAUUGGUGUACUGAAGUUGAACCUCAGAUGAGCCUGAGUUAUAAUUAAGAGGAAACUUUGGUAAGUUUUGUUGUAUG